CUCAACGUCAACGCUCGUUGGAGGAUAUAAGAGAACAGGUAAAACGUGCUUGUUCGAGUACUUUCCCCAAACCCCCUCUCCCUCUGACCACGAGCAGGACAAAAUCCUACAAUCGUCCAAGCGCAACAUGUCCGCCAACAUUGUUCAUAACGGUGCUGCACCUCCGCCCAACGCUCCCCCGGGCGCGAAGGCUGCCACGUCCAGAGUCACUCUCCAUCUUGGCCACCUUCCCCAGAAGAAAGACAUCAGAGGUCCUUGGCCACGUACUCCUACUAGGGUGGAUCCUAACAACCCGCCGUGGCCUGCAUACCGCGGUUACCAUGAGUACUCUUUCGCCCAUGCCACUAUGGGUGUCCGCCUCCCUACCAUCCUAGGGAAGGCUAUAGACGAUACAGUUCGCACUCUCAAUGAGCAAUCAUCCGAGGAUAGGAUCGUCGACCUCGUCCAGUGCAUCGAGCGCAUGGAUGUUCUCAUGACUGACCUCUCCGGUAACGCGAAGUUGAGGCCUAUCAUCGACGACGGUGAGGCAGAUGUUGCCCUGUGGAACAAAGAGAUUGCGAAGUUCUUCCAAGGCAAGGACUUCAUGAAUGCGCCUUGGCUUUUUGCCGAGGCUUAUAAGUAUCGUCGCCUCCAUGAAGCUUUCAGUGUUAGUAAAUACUGGGGCGACUAUGAUGUGUUUUACAGGCAAAAGUGUGAUACUUUCUCGCGUUCUUCUGACGCUGUAUUCGAGUUGUCUAUGCGUUUCGUCGAGCCUUUCUCACAGUCGCCAAGCCUUUCUGCUGAAGAGAGGCUUGAAGCUGAGCGUCUCGUGUUCCUUGAGCUCACUCAAGUCUGUCUCUGGGGCAACUCUACCGAUCUGUCUCUGUUGAUCAAUAUGACUGAAGAGCAAAUCAAGUCUCUGCAAUCUACAGGCGGCGAGCAUCUCGCCUCGACAGAGAAAAACAUCCUCGGAAAUGACUUGAACAAGUUAUGGGACACUGUCAAAGAGCUUCGCGGAAAGACUGGUGGGAGAGUUGACUUUGUUCUCGAUAACGCUGGUUUCGAAUUGUAUUGCGACUGCGUCUAUGCCGACUUUCUCAUUCAAAGUGGACUUGCGACACAGGUCCGCUUCCACGGGAAGCGCUAUCCGUGGUUUGUUUCCGAUGUCACCAAGAAGGACUGGGAGUGGCUGCUCAACACCAUGGUGUACGGUCACCUCUUCCCAAAAGCAUCGGAAGCGGAGCGCGAGUCUCUUCGGAGACUCGGCAAUCGGUGGAAGCAAUAUGAACGUGAGGGCAAGUGGGUGUACGAGCAACACCCGUUUUGGUGCACGGGCUACACAUUCUGGGACCUUCACGGCGAGGCUCCGGAUCUCUUCCUGCACUUGUCCAGAUCAGACCUUGUUUUCUUCAAGGGCGACUUGAAUCACCGCAAGCUCACGUACGACUGUGCCGCACCCGCGUCGACGCCGUUCGACAUUGCGAUUGGACCAAUGGCAAGCUCGGCGGGAGCCCCGAAAAUAUGCUCCCUUCGCACGAUCAAGAGUGAUGUCGUUGUUGGACUGGAGAGCGACGAGGUGGCUGAGAGACUCGACAAUGACGAGCCCGGGUGGAAAAUCAGCGGCAAAUAUGCGGUUGUACUUCUUUCCGAGGGCCGUCCUGGCGAAAAGGUUCGCUUUGCCUAAGGACUGUAAGGUUUUUUUGCCACCAUGUAGACUCUUUCCAUUAUAUCUGUGGCCCAAAGACGCCUAUACUUGUGUUCUCUCGAACCCUCGUGAUACUUCAUGUUACUCUCUCACCUGUAUUGUAUGCAGCCCGUUCCGUGUGUCUCCCUGUGUAACUUCACUGUAACCGUAUUGCAGACUUUGUCAUCAUUGCUAUGU